AUGCCAGACGUUGUCAGCCUCAGGUAUGAGGACGCGUGCCAGAAGCAUCAGCGGCUACAGCGAGUCGAGGCCGAAAACGCAGCCCUCCGUGCUGAGAAGCGCGUGUUGGAGCAGCGGCUCCUGGGUGUGAAGCAUGUGCUGCAACCUUGUGAUGUCCUUUCGCUCUGCCAGGGGGAUGCCGAGUUGUUUGAAGCCAAGGAGUGGCUGAUGAGUGAGUUCAUACGGCACUGCGCUCUCCAAAAAGAGUUGGAGCGGGAGCGCAAGAUCAGCAGCGGCGCGGGCGGCCCACUUUGA